AUGGCGUCCGAAUCACUUAACACGUCGCAGGCAGAUGUCCGCGAGCAUGGCAAUCGUGGCUCGCCCUCACAGAGCCGCGAGCGCCUCCCACAUGCCGCUGGCGCUGCUGCUGGGGCGAAAGCUGCGAGCCCAGCAUUCUUCCCGUUGGGAUACAGAGAAGGCUUCAGCCAAUGGUGGGCUCGUCUACCUGCGGCGGCAGCUGAACACAAGGUUCUGUCCUACCUCCCUUAUCUACAUCGCCAACCCCCCACCCACCUCCAGACUGGUAACACAUCAGACUUCCCUAAUGGAAGCUCCUCGGCCAGCCUGCAAUCUGCAGACCAUAACCAGCAAGGCGAGAUUUCAACGCAAUCUCAAGAUGACCCCUAUGGGCCCCGCCGGUGGAGCUCCAGCAUGGUGGAGCUCAGCGGGAAAGAUCGGGCCCUCAACGAGUUCUCGGUAGAGAGGGUUGGGGAAGAGGCUGACCAGCAUUUGGUCAUGCUGCAUGGAUAUGGUGCUGGACUUGGUUUCUUUUACAAGAAUUUCGAGCCACUGAGCCGGUUGAAGGGAUGGCAGCUCCAUGCGCUGGACAUGCUAGGCAUGGGUCGAAGCACGCGUCCGCCAUUCAAGAUUAAAGCCAAGGAGCGCGAAGAAGCUAUUCGGGAAGCCGAAGCGUGGUUCGUCGAUGCCCUGGAAGAAUGGCGUAUUAAGCGCAAGAUUGAUCGAUUCACCUUGCUCGGCCACAGCUUGGGUGGUUACAUGGCCGUCGCAUACGCCCUCAAGUACCCGGGCCACCUCAACAAGCUCAUUCUCGCAUCCCCUGUUGGCAUUCCCGAGGACCCAUAUGCGGUCACUGCAGACGUAGCUGAGCCGUCAGAUUCCACGCUCCCGAACGAACUGACCCAGGACCAACGGGAUAUCACUGCAACGCCAGCCUCUGUGCCAAAGACCAGCGAAGGCAGCUUUAUCACAGGUCGGAACCCUGAAGUGCAAUCCGCGGCCACGAAUCAACCACCCCGUCGGGUUCUUCCCAAGUGGUUUGCAUACUUGUGGGAAGCCAACAUCUCCCCCUUCAGCAUUGUACGCUGGACAGGUCCUUUCGGACCACGAAUCGUGUCCGGUUGGACCUCCCGCCGCUUUUCGCACCUCCCUGCCGAGGAAUCUAAAGCGCUGCAUGACUAUUCUUACUCGAUUUUCAGUCUUCGAGGAAGUGGCGAGUAUGCACUAGCAUACAUUCUUGCGCCAGGUGCAUUCGCACGCAGCCCUCUUAUCCACCGUAUCCAGGGCGUGGGCCGACAAAUGAUCAAUUCUGGCAACUCGCUUCCCACAUCAACGACUACUGAAUCUUCUUCAUGCUCCAUUUUUUCCAAAGUCGGGGCUAAAACCUCUACCCCGGCUGAUGCGCCAGUCACUGAACCCGCCCCUGCUUCAACUGAAACCCCCGCGCCACGACGCGAAAAUGGACUGCCCGUCGUCUUAAUGUACGGUGAUCACGACUGGAUGGACGUAUCGGGCGGCCAUGCCGCUGCGGCUCGUCUGGAAGAAGAGAAGCGUCGUGUUCUGGCCGAUGCUACACCAGAGGAACGACAGAAAGACCAAGGCUCUGCAAAGGUCGUUGUCAUCAGUAAAGCUGGACACCAUUUGUACUUGGACGGAUGGGAAGAGUUUAACCGAGUGGUUUUAUCGGAGAUGGAGGAUGUUAAUAAGCGGGAGAGGGCCUCUUCAUGA